UAUGUAAAGAGCGUUAACAUCUCACGAGGGGAUUUAGAGGUAAAUGUAUGUAUAUUUAGCCGUGGAGUGCACCGUUAAGAAGCGCCGUUGGGCAACGCCUUAUCCGUCGCCUCGCGUUUUUCCAUUCGGACAACGCGUCGAUCGCCCCAGGCAAUACCCAGGCAACGGCAAAAACGACGAAAUAUAGGAGCGACGGGCGUUGCAAGUCGAGUUGCCCCAUUCCAAAGACGUGCUGCAUUAAAACAUUAUAAUACUCUCGCUAGAGGUUCCCGAUAGUGGCGACCGGGGAAAUCGGGGCGUGUCGCGGCCCUCUAUGUUCGGUGCGAGAGAACCUCGGCCUUCAUUACGUAAUCGUGCGCUGUGUCCGGUGCUCUCGCCUCCCCCGGCAGUACCUCGAAGAUGAGCUCCAUGAAGGUCUGUGCCCUCUGCCACAUCCCGGCGGCCCACCGAUGCGCCGGAUGCAGAUCCAUCUUUUACUGCGGCCGGGAUCACCAGAAGGCUCACUGGAGGACCCACGCUGCCAGCUGCAGACCUUACAAGUUAAUGGAGAACAGCAUCCUUGGCCGUCACUAUGUCGCGCUGCGUCGCAUCAAGGUCGGCGAAAUCGUGAUAAAGGAGGAUGUGCCUCUUCUCGAAGCCCCCCAGCAGGAUACUUUGGCCGUCUGUCUCGGUUGCUACGCGAUCCUCACAUGCGAAACCGCGAAGCCCUGCGACUCCUGCGGAUGGCCACUCUGCCUCUCCUGCAAGAAACACGGCCCCGAGUGCGAGUUCACCAGCCGCUACAAGGACUCCAAGGUUUCGAUAAUGGACUUCGGGGUCACGCAUCCAACGUACAAGUGCAUCGGAGCCGUGCGAGCACUUUCUUUGCGUGACAACCAUCCCCGCGAUUACGAGCGAUUGAUCAAUUUGGCAAGCGAAAUCGAAGAGGCGAUUUACGAGGAGGCGCAACUGAUAGCCCAAUUCAUCAAGAGGUUCUUCAACAAGCUGGUCGAUAUCCCCGAGAGCGACAUUGCCAAGAUCAUUGGCAUUAUGCAGAUAAACGGCCACGAGAUCCCAACGACCGAGCCAUCCCAUGUAGCUGUGUACGAUUUGUCAUCUUACUUGGAGCACAGUUGCAAAGCAAAUUGCUCAAAAAGUUUUACCAAUGCAGGUGGCAUUAUUAUUCGGGCUGCUACGACUAUCGAAAAGGACGAUCACAUCUCAAUAUGCUAUACCGAUCCAUUAUGGGGUACAGUCAACAGACGUCAUCAUUUGCUGCGGACAAAAUUUUUCGAAUGCACUUGUUUACGCUGCUCCGACCCAUCGGAAUUCGGCACCAUGUUCAACGCCAUAAAAUGCACCAAUGGUAACUGUUCCGGCUACAUGCUGCCUGAAACGUUCUUGACCAUGAUGGUCCCGGACUACAAGUGCAACCAAUGUGAGAACGCCCUCCCCUCGGACUCGGUCGACGAGAUGAUCGAGCUAAUGGGCAAGGAUCUCACGUCCAUGAUGAAAAACGACAUGGCCACUUGUCAGGCCUUUAUCAAGAGGCACGCGUCCAAGAUCCACCACAACCAUUUUUACAUGACGGACGUGAAAUUAGCCCUCGCCCAACUUAUUGGGCAGCCGAGCUUCGGCCUGCUGGGCCUCGGCGACGAGCUCAUUCACGAAAAAAUACUCUUGUGCAAGAAACUCGAUGCCUUACUUACGUCUAUUGUACCUGCUGAGAAUAGAAUAAGAGGUCUAAUAUUUUUUGAAUUGCACGCUGCGAUCGCGGAAUUUGGACGGAGACAAGAUUCUAAUCAAUUGUUCGAUAUUUUACAGGAAUCGAAAAAAUUCUUAAACGAUGCCUAUUAUUUGUUAAAAUACGAGCCUGACAUCUUACCAGAAGGUAAAAUUGCCAAGAUUGCGCGUAAAAAUCUUCACAAUAUGGAACAAAUAAUACAAAAAUUGUAUCGAAAUACCGUAGUACCAUUAUGAUCUCAUAGUACAUAUAUACGAUGUGAAAUAAUUAUUAUACGAAUGUAAAAUUUACGAAGGCACGUUCAAUGUUAAUUUUUAUAAUUC